CGACGACCAUGUGAUCUCGCUUCUCUCUUUCAACCAGAUCCCUACGCGCAUGAUUCUGGCUCUGUCAAUCAUCUUCCUGAGAAUAAUAAACGAACGGUACCGACACCGUGGGACCCACAACCGACGUGACGAGAAUCCAAAUUUCUCAGGACGCAAAUAUAAAGAGUGAAUGAUCCUGACCUCACUAGCCCAUUGAACGCGUGAUGCAUCGAGGUUUUUGUCAGACCCUACUAAACGCAUGACCCCCCCAAAAAGCUGGAUCGUUAUCCGUACCGCCUCUGAUCCUGGCAUCGCACCCUACCCACGAAAUGUUUCUUUGCUAUACGGUGUUCUGAUAUGAUGACCAUGUAUCAUGUGUAUCCCAGAUUUGGAUGUUUUCCUCCCAAAACUGCAUUGCAACUAUGUACUAUACCAUCUACUUAUUUACCGCCCCUCUUUGUACACAAGGGCCAAGAACCGCUUCCGUGUUGCGCGAUCUCGUAUUCGAAUGCCAUGCUGAUCGGCGUUUACAUCAUGAUCUUCAUCCCGUGUUCGUAUCUAUGCGAUGGUUCACUGAUAGAUUCCACUUUCCUCCUCACAGCCACAUUCAGAUGCCAUGCAACCGAGUCUAUCUCGCCUGUCUGCUUCACCACAGCACCUACCAUUUCACGCACACAAUUACCACGUCUCGCCAGAUGUCCCUCCAGCUUAUCUCGUUUUCUUUCUGGUUUGUUACCUCGAACGGCUUUUUUCUCGAUGGUCUUGAAGGAGAUACACCAUUUGCAUUUGGAAAGCCUCCGCCUGGCCCGGUGCUUCCUGGGUGCGUUCGUUUGGCGUUCGUAGUCUGUCCGCUGGUACCGAACAAUCAAGUCCGAGUCUCAUCUUCGCUUCCUACUGGCGCCAAUAGUAACCCAGAAAUCAUUGCUCUCACGCUUCCGGGCCCAGUAUCAAUUCCUACUAGUAAUCCUGAUUCCGGAACUCCAACCACUGUCUCAACAUCGUCUACGUAAUUCCAUUACCCUCUAUUACUCCUAACGAGACUGGCUCAUGAUUUCUUUGUCAGAAUGACCAGCUCUGGGAGCACCGACGCAUCGAUCUUCACCAAUCCUUUCGGGACAACACCCUC